ACACAUCCGUUGUGAUUCUUAUUUUUAAUAACCAUUUUGCACUGUAAUGCCAAAAGGAUGUUUCUUUUAGUGUGGGUUCAUCCAGAUGGUCAGGUUCAACCUCCACAUGAAUGAGACAAGCAAUACAAUCCAGCACCGAAAGACUGCCCAAGGAUAACGCUGAACACAUGAUUUCUAAAAUACUGCCAACGAGCGAGAGCAAGAGCGAGAGCGAGAGAGAGAGAGAGAGAGAAAGAGAGACGGAGAGAGAGAAGGCAAAUGACAUUAGGGCAGACAGAGAGGCUAUAAUAGACAUACAGCAUGUAUCAGCUAUGAGAGCAUUGAAUAAGCUGAGUGUUGCAUUUCUUUGCCAGAAGGCAGGUGUGUGUGUGUGUGUGUGUGUGUGUGUGUGUGACAGAAAGAGGGAGGGUGCUAGAGAGAGAAGGGUGAGGGUGAGACAGGUGAGGAAACAAGCAGCUGGAAGGGAGAGGCAUGUGGUCUGAAGGAGAAAGAGGAGGACGUGAAUACGUGACUCCUUCCAGUAGUUCCUUCUCGUCCUUCCUGUCUUCCUGCCGUCCAUCUGUUGGUCCUCCUGCACUGUCCGUACAUGACUGAUCCAAGGGAGGAUGUUGAAGUUCCGUGUGGACCGAAGAGUCGGUCAUCAUGACACCAGUAGACCAGCUGGACCAGCAAUGAGUGCAAUCCAGCUGCAAGAGACUGCACUAAUACACAGCAAGCAACAGAGCUGUGAUUUGGAUAUGAAUACUGCUGCGAAGAAGAUCAACCACACUAAAAGUCCCAACAUGGUUUCAGAGCUGCCUCAAGAAGUCCAGCCUUGUGCCCGAGCAUCCAGAACAGCCAGAAAGGCAGCUACGUUUGGCAAGCGCUCCAACUCCAUGCGCAGGAAUCCCAAAGCAGAGGUCACCAAAGCGGGUUGGCUGUACAAGCAGGCCAGCAGCGGAGUGAAGCAGUGGAACAAGCGGUGGUUUGUCCUCUCUGACAGAUGUCUCUUCUACUAUAAAGAUGAGAAGGAGGACACUGUGCUAGGGAGUUUGCCUCUGCUCAGUUUCCGGAUUGGAGGAGUGCAGCCUUCGGAUAACAUCACCCGCAAGUUUACCUUUAAGGUGUGGUUGGAGGAGGAAGAGGAGCAGGAGGAGAACGGGGAGUUCAAAACUCCUGCUGUGUUUUGCAUGCAGGCGGAGCACGCCGGAACCAGAACGUACUACUUCAGCACAGACAGCCAUGAAGAACAGAAGGAGUGGAUCCGAGCCAUGAACGAGUCGGCAGAGGUCAACGUCAGUCCAGCGCAGAGAACAAAUGCAGACACCGCAGAUGAACUCACCCAGACCAUGGUGACAAGAGACCCUGACCCAAAAACUGAACUGAAAUCCCAGAGGCAAUCCUCAAACACGAAUGACACUUUGGAACCCGCCCAACCAUCUAGUCCUUGCCCCGAUCGUGACACAGUGAAAAACAACAUGAGACAAAGAGAAGUUGGAGGCAAAACUGAAGAUGAAGGCGGAGGACCUGGCUCUGUCCUCCAUGCUGGUCCAACAAACCACCACCCAAACGGUUGGAGCAACCAUUGUCCUCCCGCAACCGUACCCCAAAACUGCAACAGCCAAACCCCUCAUUCCCAGGGUCACGUCAAUACGUGUGCGCCGCAAAGACCGGCAGAGGGGCGUGUCAAAACACCACAUGACGCAAGCGAGCAGCAGCAGAAUGUCGUGCUGAGGAGGGGUUUUGUUCCCAGGACUGCCCCAGAGAGGGUGGCCCAAAGGAAAAGCUCCAUGGCCCAGCUGCAGCAAUGGGUCAAUCAGCGGAGAGGCAUGGCGUCCCAGGAGGACAUCAACAGUCCGUCAUGUUACUACCCAGUGAGUCAAGGGGUGGACUACUACGGCUACCCGAGUGGCUCGCAGUAUUUGGAGGAAUACCCGCUGUACCCGCCAGGAGUGCGACCUGAUAGCAUCUGCUCGGUCUCCGCUGUGGGCGGGUAUGACCACCGCUGGGCUGUUGAGGAUAAGCGACGCUCGCUGAGGGAUGGGCCUCACCAGCUGUAUGAGCCGCCCACCCCUAGGGACUCUUGGGGCGCCCAGUACUACGGUGGAGUAGAAAAAUCUUUGCGACGGCUUUCCAUCCAGCCACGUUCCAGGUCUGUGCCGAGGUCACCAUCGCUGUCUUCUGGGGGGGCUUACUCACCUGUGUCACACAACUUUGCCUCACCGGCUCGAUCGCCGUCUGCCCGCUUGGACUGGUUUUCGGGAAGGAUGAGGGACGACAUGGUCUAUGCCGAUCCAUCGGUCUAUAACCUAAGGAGAUCACUCAGCUCGCCAAAGUAUGACUACCCAGGUGAUAGGAGGUCCAUAGGUCAUGGAUUAUACCACUACAACUACCCUGCAUCCCCUUCCAUCCACAGUAAAAUGGAUGACAUGUUAGACCAUCAACUUCAGCGCAACUUGGAUUAUUUAGACCAGCAGGUGCUGGAGGGAAGCCGGUUAAUUGGUUUGGUUACACGAAGGGUGGAGAGGUCCUCCUCUACAGCAAAGCUCUGUAUCCAAGUGCCCCCUUUCCACGACGUCUACAGACAGUUACAUCCGACGCUGAAGCUCAAUGAGAUUGAAACAAGCAAAAUCUUGGGUCGGCUGUGUGAGCAGAACAGAACUGUGAAAGACCAUGAAGCCGUGGUCCACAGACUGAGAAUGGACAAGGACAGCCUUGAGGAGGCGUUGGUGGCGACUCAUCAGGAGAUGGAGAAGUACCAUAACCAGCCUCUGGUCAUGGAAAAACUGCACAUGAAAAAGGAAUCCCUUCAAAACCAGCUAAUCAACAUCAGAGGGGAGCUUUCGCAGGCCUCCAGUACUUUAACGACCGCUCGUAUGGAGUUUGAAGCCCUCGAGGAUGAGGCCCACGCCAUUCACGGGGAUCUAUGGGAGCAACUUAAUGCAGGGGUGCAGAGUGAAUUGGUUCGAAGGCACAUCCAGAAAGAGUUCUGGAGAGUCCAGGAUGUAUUGGAGGGCCUGCAUAAGAGUCACUCAUCCAGAGGCACUGACACAGCCAAGCACAGAGUGGCCAGUGGUGCUACGGGUUCCUUUAGCACCAAUAGUCCAGCCAGUCCCCUCAGCUCAGUAAGCCUCACCAGUCCUCUCAGCCCCUACUCCCCAGUGCCCGGCUCCCAGGUGUCCCCCUCUAAACAGCUGGGCCCGGAGGAAAGCGUUCCCCCAAGGCCGCCUCUCCCUAAGUCCUAUUUCCCUUUGGAACCUUCCACCACCUUUCCUCCCUCCAUCCCCCCCUUGCCCUUUGACAGCACCACCUGGCUACGAAGCUUGGCCAUCGAUGAUGGGUACUUUGAUGGUGAAGAUUCUCACAUCAGAAAGACCAGGUUUGGAGAACAGAACAACAUCAGUGACGUGCUGGACCAAGGCCCUGAUAGGCAAUCCGCCAUGAAUAAAGUUGGGAUCGUCCCUCCAAGAACCAAGUCUCCUGCUGAAGACUCGCACAGGUUGUCUGCUGGACUUUCCAGGAAUCACGGCAGUGCCUCCAAUGGGAUUUGCAGGGUAGGUCAGCAAAAGGAGCGUCCCAAGAGUGCUGUGUUUCCAGUGGAAAUGAGGUCUAAGAUGAGUGUGGAGGAACAAAAUGAACGAAUCCGUCGCAACCAGAGCAGCUCUGUGCGGGAAAAGAGGCGGAGUCUGAAUCUUCCAGGCGGGCAGUCUCCAGCGAGCUACAGAGUUCGGCGGCGGCUAACAGCUCAUGAGAUUGACAUCAAGGAUUUAGAGGCAGCAGUCCGAGGCCCGGGACUGGAGUCACCUCGUGAGGAAAUUGCCCGUUUGAGACGGUUACAGGUGGAACCAGAACACUACGACCUAGACAUCAGCAAAGAGCUGAUGGCUCCUGACAAGGUUCUGAUCCCAGAGCGCUACCUGGACAUGGAAGAUGACACCCCUCUGAGCCCUGAGGAGCAAAAGGAAAAGCAGAAAAAACUGGAGCGGAUCAAGACCCUCAUUGCCAAAUCCAACCUGCAAAACCUGCUUCCUGUACUGGACGGCCCUGCAGAGGGUGGAGGAGCACCAGGCAAUUCCCAGCAGCAGCUGCAGGAGCAGGAGAAGCGCAUCGAGAUCUCAUGUGCUCUGGCUGCUGAGGCCUCACGUCGCAGCCGCCUUCUCUCAGCCCAGUGCGUCCCCAGCCCCCCCACCUCCCCAACCAGCCCGGCCCCACCCCCAUCCUCUGCUGACUCUCCCACCUCGGCCCACAACAUGAAUGCCUGAGUGGGACCAGCUCAGGCCUUGUCUGCUGUCAAGUUUGACGGAGCAUCUUUCUGAGGGUUUACUGGCUGAAAUGAAAAUGGAAGACCACCUGACACAAAGCAGUGACUUUUUUGACGGAGUUGAUCCACUAGACUACCACCCAUACUUCCUGCAGCCAUUGGUCAGUAGCCACGCGCCACGUUCCCCGCAGCAUCAAGAGAAGCAGAGCUUUUUAUCACAAUAUUUCAGUAUCAUUUAGCUCAGGACGUCAUCGUUCAUGUUUUGUACUCACAAUGAAAGAAGUUAUCAAGCUGAGGUUGGCUUCUUGAACGGCUCACAAUAAAAGCAGAGAAUGCACGAGGAACACGGGAGGUGCUCAUGGGCACUUUGGAGGUUUCACCCGUUUGUGUCACGGCGGCGCUUUCAGGCCAGUUGAAUUCAUGCUAGAGAUUGGGUAUUGAGCCAUGACGGCACAAUAAUAUGAAAGCUGACCCCCAUCCUAUCAAGUUCAUUCAUUCUUUUUGCCUUACACGCUUCUGAAAUAUCCACAGUCAUUUGAACAAAUCCAUGCUCAUUUCCUGGCUGUCAAAACGUUUGCAUUUCCAUCUUUGGGAUUGAUUUGACAAUGGAGUGGAAAAACCAAACACAAACCCAACUUAAACUUUGUCCUUAAUAAUCUGUAAUUAUUUCCCUUCGGUUACACAAUUAGCCAAACUAUAAGGAGGCAGAAGGACCGGAGCCUUCGACUUUUUCAUUUAAAAAGGUAAACACUAAAAGUCACAUGACUGACUGCCUGUGUUAUGAUACUAUAUGUAUUUAUUCAAAUCAAAUCUAUUGUAUAUACGUAUACCACUGCUCAAUAGAUAUAGCCAGUGAUUGUCUUCCACAUAUAUGCUGUAUGUGGACAUGUGUUCAAGAAUAGGAAGCUAUAUACAGGUAUGUGUUAAUAUAUGGAUAUAAUGAACUAGAAGUGACCUUAGAAGUGGAAGUCUUGCCUGUGAAGCUUGGAGGAAUAAAGCAUGGACUGGUAAAUUCUAGGAACAUUGUGACUUUGGUUUAAUCAUGCAGUGCCAUAUGUCUAAAAUCAGGAUGCUCCGAUCAGGGUUUUAUGCCGCCGAUUACGAUCACAUGCUUUUCCACGGAAAUCGGCCGAUAUUUGGGGUGUCAUGAGAUCUAGUGAUAUUAAAAGGUGACAAUAUUUCAGGAAAAAAAAUGUCUCAUGGGCACUAGGCCUGGUACGAUGAUAAAUUAAUUUCCGUAUUUUCCGUACUGUAAGUCGCUCUGGACUACAAGUCGCACCAGCCAAAAAUGCAAAGUGUCACAUUUUUGAGGGGCGAUUUAUUUUAUAAAAUCAGACACCAAGAACAGACAUUUCAUCUUGAAAGGAAAGUUAUAGCAAUCUGCAGAAUAUGAUUUUCUUUUCAGGGGGGGCAUUUGUGUUGUCUUUAUAAGUUCAUGUUUACAUUGUAAAUUUUCAGUGGUAUAUUAGUAGCAGAUACUGGCACACGAGCCUAGAGCGCCCUCUCAUGGCUGUCAGUGUGAAAAAAAACAUAUAUAUGUCGCUCCGGAGCAUAAGUCGCAGGACCGGCCCAACCAUGAAAAAGUGCGACUUAUCGUCCAGACAAUACGCCCUUUUGUCAGUCAUACAGUGUCUUUGGCGGGGCCACUAGCACACACACAGCGUGCAGAAGAGUGUAACGUAGUAGAAAUUAAAAUGAGCAGAUUGUAUUUUUUACAUCUUUUCAUUGUAAUUUUCAUAAAAGUAAUGUUAAAACCUUGUCCCGUCUCGUACACCCACACUCGUGUAUCGGCUCGUGAACUGACAGCCCUGGCCGAUAUUGAUCGGUGGCCGAUCGAUCGGAGCAUCCCUAGCCUAAAAUGAGUAAGCAUUUGAAGUAUCUUGUUAAAACCAUCAUGAUUGGACAGAGCCAUGAGUUACGAGGGAGAUGGAAAGAUUGGAACUUCCAACUGGAGUUUUAGUGGCGUUGGAUAAAACUGCAAAAUGGACAGCAUGAUGUGAUGAAUUGAUCGAUUGGAAAUUGAUCAAUCCCAAUGUAAAUUGUCAUAAAUACUUAUAAAUAAAUAAAUGUAUAGUUGUUUGUUUUGGAAUUGAUUUCUGUACACAAUGGCACUUAUUUCUUGUAAGUUUAUAGCUUUAAAAGGAGCAUCUGCAAGUCGGUUUCACUCAUUUUUCGUUGAAAUUUUUUGAGGAUGUACGACAUUUCGUAUGGAAUAUUCAUUUUAUAUUUGUUUCAAGUGCUGCUACUCGAGGGUGUGGCUUUCCAGCCGUGUCAGUGACUCGGUAAUAAAUCAUGAACGACACAAUAUCGUUCAUCGUGUUGCGGUUUGUCAACGGGACACAGCUUUGGAAAGACACACCCGUUUGUCACGCGCAUCGUCAUGUUUUUCUUUGCUCAUGCACGUCAAUGUUCAAGUGACCUGUCUUUGGAAAACUUCUUUCAAAUACACUGAAAGCACUUCAAGCUCCACACUAAGCAAAAACAAAAAGAUUUAUCAGAUGACUAUUUUGUUCUUUUUCAGUUUUGUAAGAAGGGGAACACAGAAUGCUCCAGAGUGGUACAGUACAGUACAGUACAGUACGUGCAGUAUAUUUUUACAUGCAUGGAAGGAUGACGGCCGUGCACUUUUUAUGCUCAAUUUACAAAACUUUUCAUUUAACAGGUUUUUUUUGGAUUGAACAUAGAUAUUUUUGGAAUGACAUGGACUCUGACGUCUUUGGAAAUGUCAGCCAGCUGCUGGUUUUCAAUAUUUGAUACUAGAUGUAGCACUGCUGGCUGAAAAUAAACUGUAUUUUGUCCCAAUUGUUAAGUACUUCUUGGCCCGUUGAUGGUCGUUUCCGUGUCAGUUAGGUUGUCCUUCGAUCACUUCUAAGCAUUUGGGGGGGGGGAAUGGACUUGUUGAACUAUGCAAAUGAUCCAAAAGAGACAAUAAUAUGUUUGCUUUGGGAAAACCUUGCAAUAAAGUGAAUGUAAACAAAUGACGUCUUUCUGCAGAUGCUCUGGAACGCCCCGCAGUGUUUUGUAUGCUUUGGAAUGCUUUUCACUUCAUCCACUUGCUAAUGAGGGAAUUCACUGCCAAAUAUCCUCAAACUACUGAGUGAAGUGUUAUGCUGAGAAAAUCACUGGUGGUCACAAUGAUGAUGAUGAUGAUGAUGAUUAUGAUGCUCUUCAUUCUUUGUUCAACCAAGCUGUUUGUAUGAAUAAAGAACAAAACAAAUGUACUCCUUCUUUAUUCUACGGCAGGGGCGUCAAACUUGUUUUCACCGUGGGGCCACAUCGCAGCUAUGGUUACCCCCGGGGGGCCACCUGUAGCUGUGAAACCAUAUUCAUGUGCAUGUGCAGUGGUGUGAAAAAGUGUUUUCCCCCUUCCUGAUUUCUUAUUUUUUUGCAUGUUUGUCACACUUAAAUGUUUCAGAUCAUCAACCAAAUGUAAAUAUUAGUCAAUGACAACACAACUAAACACAAAAUGCAAUUUUUAAAUGAAACCUUUUAUUAUUAAGGGAGAAGAAAAUCCAAUCCUCCAUGGCCCUGUGUGGAAAAGUGAUUGCCCUCCUGUUAAAACAUAACUUACCUGUAAUUAAUUGAAAUCUGUCAGUCUGGAAAAGCUCAUAAAGUCAUUUCUAAAGCUUUGGGACUCCAGCGAACCACAGUGAGAGCCAUUAUCCACAUAUGGCCAAAACAUGGAACAGUGUUGAACCUUCCCAGGAGUGGCUGGACAACCAAAAUGACCCCAAGAGUGCAGUGACGACCCAUCCAACAGGUCACAAAAGACCCCACAACAUCCAAAGAACUGCAGGCCUCACUUAAGGUCAGUGUUCAUGACUCCACCGUAAGAAAGACACUGGGCAAAAAUGGCCUGCAUAGCACAGUUCCAAGACCAAAACCACUGCUGAACAAAAAGAACAUUAAGGCUCGUCUCAGUUUUGCCAGAAAACAUCUUGAUGAUCCCCAAACCUUUGGGAAAAUACUCUGUGGUCUGACGAGCCAAAAGUUGGAAGGUGUGUGUCCCAUUACAUCUGGCCUGAAAGUAACGCCGCAGUUUAGAAGAACAUCAUACCAACAGUAAAAUAUGGUGGUGGUAGUGUGAUGGUCUGGGGCUGUUUUGCUGCUUCUGGAAGACUUGCUGUGAUAAAUGGAACCAUGAAUUCUGCUGUCUACCAAAAAUCCUGAAGGAAAUACCUGGCCUCAAGCUGAAAGCAAUUUGGGUUGUGCAGCAGGACAAUGAUCCAAAACACACCAGCAAGUCCACCUCUGAAUGGCUGAACAACAAAAUGAAGACUUUGGAGUGGCCUAGUCCAAGUCCUGACCUGAAUCCUAUUGAGAUGCUGUGGCAUGACCUUAAAAAGGUGCUUCAUGCUGGAAAACCCUCCAAUGUGGCUGAAUGACAACAAUUCUGCAAAGAUGAGUGGGCCAAAAUUCCUCCACAGCGCUGUAAGAGA